AUGUCGCAUCAAUAUUUCGACCAUUUGUAUGAACGACCUCGUCAUCGUGUAACCAUUCAAUCCCAUCAACCAUCAAAUAGUUCAUCUCGACGAAAUGGACCUCCAACAUCAAGAGAUUUUGCUUUUCAAUCUACCUUUCAACCUAAUCGAGAGAGAAAUCCUCCGCUACCUCCACCUCAUCAUCAUUAUUAUGGAGAAUAUUCUGAGUUUGAUGGAUAUCCAAAUACGACAAGAUCAUCAUCUAAUCAGAUGAACAACUCAUCGAAGGAUCAAACACAUCGACGAUAUCGAUUAGAAGCUCCGUCUACUCAUUCUCAUGUACGACAUCCUCAAGCAUAUCAUGAUGAUCGUCAUUAUUUAAAAAAUCAACAACCAUCAACAAACCAUUCCUCGACCUCCCAAUCAUCUCGUUAUGAUCUAGAUUAUCCAAGAUAUGAAAGAAAUUCUGAUCAAAAUGCUCGAAGACAUCAUCGAGAAGAAACUUAUCCCCUCCAAUCCAAUCUGCUACAUUCAAAUUAUCGAUCGGUAGACCUUCCAUCAGCACGUCAACAUUCGAAUCCCGUUCGAUCUCUUGAUAAUCCUUCAUCUUCCUCGCGUACUGUUCCAAUCCAUCGAUCUUCUCGUCCUCAAAUGCCAUUUUCUCCACGACCAUCUAUGCCAGUGCAACUUCAUGAUCCGACUUCUCUUCUAACUCAUUUCCUUCAAAAUUUUUUUGGCGGCCGUACUUCAUCAUUCGAUGAUGAUGAUGAUGAUGAUAACUCAUCUUUAGCUCCUAUUGAUAUGAUUGCUUUUGCAUGGAUAAUGCAAAGACCUGAUGUUCUUGCUGGUCCUACUGCUCUUCAUAUUCAAUUUGGUGAUCUAUUCGAUUUACUUGGUCAUGAUGAAACACCUUCCGUUGGUCUAUCCGACAGUGACAUUGAACGUAUACCAACGAUGCGCUAUCGAAAAACAAGGAAAUCGAAGUCCACUGAUGAUAAAUGUGCAAUUUGUUUAAGUAAAUAUAAAACCGAUGAAACUGUGAAACGUUUGCGAUGUGAACAUUUCUUUCAUCCUGAAUGUAUCGAUCCAUGGUUAAAGGUAUUCGAUGAAGAAAUUCUUUUUUAUAGUGGAGUUUGA